GGCUAUGUAAAUGUCAACUUAAAUGCUACGUAGGUCAAGUCAGUGGUAGGUCUGUAUAUCGUAGUAACAAAGACCUUUAUCUUAAAGUAAUCCUCGCAUUGUUUCGACAUUUAGAAUCACGCGCGGCAGUCAUUAUCUAUAUGGGUAUGCCUUUAAAUGUGAACGGAAUAGACUAUUGUAACCUUAACAGACAGGAGACUUAGAGAUUAUGAUUGUUGUCAACGAAUUAAAUACAGACACAAAGACGACUUAUCAGUUUUACUUACUUUCGCUUAGUACUUGUUGAGUCAUUUCAUGGGCUUGCUCAAACACUUGUAGUAUCAUAAGCAAAACGUCACACAUGGGGGAUCAAAGAGGAUCGCUUGAUGACCUGGCGAUUCUGAGAAACUCGGUGCCGGAGCUGUACGGAGCGAAAGUGUUUCUGUAUCCAGGUGUAGGUGACCCAGUGUCCCAUGUGGAAAACUUGAGAAAGUUCAGCAUGAGGGAGGACGAUGUAAUAAUUAUCGGCGCCCCAAAAAGUGGAAAUCAUUGGCUAUGGGAGAUAACUCAGAUGCUACUUCGCCAGACGACAAAACACGAGACGAGGACCAAGGAGCACGUGCAGGUCGAUAACCCGGAGGGACUAGCAAGAGCUGAAAAGGAACAUUCUCCAAGGGUUCUGAACUCACAUAAUGUCAUGGUACAUCUCCCGCAAGAAAUAAUUCUUAAAAAAAUCAAGAUAAUUCACGUGAUCAGAAAUCCCAAGGAUACCAUCGUCUCCGCUUACUGGCAUUUAAAGAAUACCUACAACAUGGAAGAUGUUCAGCUGCAGACGUUACUGGACGCUGCCACUGCGGAUGUCAAGAUACAAACAUCUCAGCUGGAGUUCUUGCAGCAAAUAUCCGAGUUUGAACGAAGUCAUCCCAAUCAUCCAGUCAAACAUAUUUACUACGAAGCCAUGAAAAAGGAUCCACUAAGGACGCUUCAAGACUUGGCUCAGUUUCUCAAUGUACCAGCCAGUGAUGACUUCUGUCAGGAUGUCGCCAACGCUUGCAGUUUUGACCAAAUGAAGAGACUUGAAGAGACUGGAGCCAAAGUACAACCCGAUGAAUUUCAAGCGUUCCAUAAAGCAAUGAAUUAUGGGGAGUUGAAGUUUUGCAGAAAAGGAAUCAUUGGCGACUGGAAGAAUCACUUGACAGUAGCUCAGAGUGAACAGUUUGAUAAGUACAUUGCUGCGUAUUUAAAGAAGAAAGACUUGAAGUUCACAUUUAUUUAUGAAUAAAGUUCAGCAUACA